AUGGACGCGACAGAAGCCAAGCCGACGAUCCAGCCCUUCACGGGGCGGAUCGGAGGCAACCAGACGCUGGUGGUGGACCGGCACGACCCGGACAACGCGGCGUUGCUGAAGCGGGUGCCGGACGCGGCGCCGAUGAUGAGCAUCAAGGAGGGGUUGCAACCGGGGGGGUUCGGGGAAUUGGAUCUGUGGAAGUUCGGCUUCAUUGAAUGUGUUGGAACAAUGCUCAACGUCUUCAUAACAGCCUGGGCCUCCAUCAAGCCCACCAUCACCACCACCACUACCCCCACAACAGCGGCAGGCAUCUACGCAACAACCACCUUCCUCGGCCCCACAAUUGGCAGCCUGGUCAACUGGCUCACCCUCACCCUCUGCAUCUUCACCUUCUCCAACGUCACCGGCAGCCACCUCAAUCCGACCAUCACGCUCGGCACUUUCUUCGCCCGCCUCAUCACCCUCCCCCGCGCUGUCAUCUACCUCGCCGCCCAAACGCUGGGCGGCACCCUCGCCGGCCUGAUGCUGCGCGCCGGCUACGGAUCCCCCAAUUUUGCGGUGGGAGGGUGCACCAUCGACACAUCCCUCGUUCCCAUGCGCGAGGCCUUCCUCCUCGAAUUCGUGUUCUGUCUGCUCCUCGUGUUCUGGUCCUUCGGGGUGGGGCUGGAUCCCCGCCAGGGGAGGUUGUUUGGGGCGGCGCUGUCGCCGUUCUUGGUGGGGAUGGCGCUGGGGACGGUGAGUUGGGCGUCGGCGUUUACGAGGGUGGGGUUUGGGGGUGCUGGGUUGAAUCCCGCGAGGUGUUUUGCCGUGUAUGUCGCUACGGGGUUUCCGGGGUAUCAUUGGAUUGGUUGGGUCGCUGCGCUGGCUGCUGCGGUGGGGCAUGGGGUGGUGUAUUUCUGUGUGCCGCCGUGGAGUGCCUCGGAUGUACGCGUUUGA